UCAGGAGUCAACGUUCGAUAUGGGUGGGGACUGGGUCUGCCGGAAUAACCGGUCGAAUUGAGCGCUAGCUGCUGCUGCUGUUAUUGUAUACGUAUAGUUGAUUUUUUGGCUUGCACGAAGAUGACCGAUGGCGGUUUCGUUCUUUGUUUUCGCCUUCUGUGGUGUUAGAUCCUCCUCCGCCGGCGGGAGGUGACUUUGACAUUGGCAGCGUCAAGGUUACUACAUGCUCACGCGGCUUCUCCUACAUGUAUUCCUCGCCCAGCAAAUGUCUUGGCCGUAUAAAAGUCGGUUGAGUUUGAGAGAAGCUUUACAGUUCCUUAGCAACUGGCAUCAAUAACAUUUCCUCUUCUUCUUCCUCACCAUCACCAUGCACUCGAAAGUCGUUCUUCUUUUGGCUUUGUGGGCUGUGGUGGCAUCUUCUAUGCCGGUCGAUGAAGUUGUUCCCGAUCAAGAUGCUGAGGGUCAGUUCCUGUACUCUUACGGGUACGGUUAUCCCGGCUUCGCCUAUCCAUCAGUUCCUUUGGCCGCCACCUACCCUGCCGCCAUUAGUACGGAUAAAGUUCCAGCUUCAACGGCCAAGUUGAUCACCCAGCCGGCUUACGCCUAUGCCUAUCCCGGCUAUUAUCCUUACGCAGGAUAUCCGUAUCCCGGCGGUUUUGGUUACGCUUACGGUUACCCCAUCAAAGCCUAAAUGAAACGAUACUCAGCAGCAUCACCUUAUUAUUUUUAUUAGUAUUUUAUUUUAUAUUCCCUUCUCCCCCCACCUACCCUCCAGCACGAUGUUAUAGCAACUGCCCUGACAUAAGCUCGUUAAUAAUCCAUAUACCUUUAUUUUAUUUUUUUUUAUUUGAUUAAUUGUUGGUUUUUUUAAAUUUUAAUCUCAUUAUUAUUGGCCGGGAACGGGUUUCUUGGUUUGAAUUUUUCUAUGUUACCCACCUGAUUUUAAAAGAAGUAGUUUUCAGCGGAUCAUUAUUGUGUAACAGCAAUAAAUUUCAUUAAUGGAAUUAAUGAUCAGCUUUUUUUUGGCUUACAUUAACUUCUCUAUCGCCGAUUUCUAGCAAUUGAUUUACUGAUGAUAUUAGUGUGUUUUGCAUGCUUUUUAAAAAUGGUUACUUACAGUGCCUUCUGGGUGAAUCCUGAUUCCCAAGUUGUUUUGUGGUGAUAUUGACAGUUGGACGUAAUACUCAAUAAUGCAAAUAACAUUUAAAAUUUUUAAUUUUUUCCCCCAAUGAAUUAACGACUAACAAUCUCCUUUUCAAUCUCUAGUGCAUGAGAAACAUCAAUUUUAACCGAUAGUUUGUUUCACUCAUUAACCGAGGGCGUGGUUUAUCGGCAGUUUAAUCAAUUGAAAUUCGUUCCUCGAUUUCACGUUGUCGACGCUAUGUAAAACGCUGGCUGCGUGUCAAUUUAUGUGCAUGUAUUACGCUGUCGAAUAAAUUAUUCUCACGCGCAGUACGUAGAAAAAGUCGAAUCGAAAUUUACUGCUAUUUCACCGUUUACUUUAUGGCACGGUCGAAUGACCGGGAAGAAAAGUUCUGUUGUUUACUCGAAGGUCCAACAGUCCAACACCCUUUCUAUUAACGAAAUUAAAGGAUACAAACCUUUCACUUCAAUUGUUAUCUGUAUUGUUGGGGAAACAAAGUCUAUGCCUAUCUGCGAUUUUCUGUCAAACGUUUUGGCUUUCACCAAGUAUAUAAGCCGCGCAAAUUAGGAGGAAAAUCAUACUCGACUUGAAGACUCAAGUGUUCAGUACAACUAAUAUCUCCUGUAACUAACAAAAUGAUUGCCUUCAAGGUUUUGUUUGCCGUUGCCUUCGUCGCCGUCGCCUUGGCCGCCGAAGAGCAAAAGGAGCAACAGGCCGUCGAGGAACAAGCGGUGGCCAGCGCCGACUCUGACAGCAGCAAGGAUCUCCAAACGGCCGAGGGAACACUCGGAGCGUACGGAGCUUACGGUGCUGGACUCGGUUACGGUGCUGGACUUGGUUAUGGUGCUGGACUCGGUUAUGGUGCUGGACUGGGUUAUGGCGGACUCGGUUACGGCAACGGACUGUACGGCGCUGGUCUAGGAUACGGUUAUGCUGGAGCUGCUGGUUAUGGUGCUUAUGGUCACGGUUUGGGUUAUGGCGCCGGAUAUGGAGGUCUCGGCGGAUACGGCGGAUACGGAGGAUAUGGAGCUGGAUACGGGGCCGGCUAUGGAUCCAACUACGGACACAACCACGGCAGUUCCGGUUACACCGCGAUUAACAAAGUCGUGAGCCACGGAUCAAACAGCCAUGGACACGGACACGCCCACGGACACGCCCACGGUCACGGACACGGCUACGGCCAUCACGGACUCGCUUAUUAAGUGAUAUUUGCCCAAGCAAAAAUAUACUAGAAUAGUUUGUGACAGAUCCUAUGAUGUUGUAUACAAUCCAAUACGAUUACGUGAAAACGAUUAAUUAAAUACAUAAUAAUAGAUACAGAUGAA